CUCCACCGCGAUAAGCAAGCAAGCGCUGCGCUUUACGCCGUUGUCCUUUAGCUGCAAAAAAUGGCACUAAUCUCCAUUGAAGAUCUCGCCGAAUUGGAAGAUGAGUAUUUGGAUGAUGUCACACAAAAUUCUGAGCCAAUGGAGGACAAUGACGAGGAGAGGCUGUAUGCCCAUUGGCAGGCUGUGGCCAGCAUGCAUCAGGUUUCCGUCCCCCGAGUGGUACUGCUGUGGCCCCAGUGGUACUUCUGUGGCCCCAGUGGUACUGCCAUGGCUCCUAUGGUGCUGCCGUGGCACCAGUGGUACUUCCGUGGCCCCAGUGAACUCAUGCCCUACAUCUGCAAAGAGAAUUCCACAGGGUCUUACCUGGGUAUGACUCUGCCUAUUGUGACUGAACUCCAGAUGCUAGAGGAUGGGAAUGGAUUUCUCAAGGAAGUUGUGACUGCUUACUACCUGCCAGCAGCAUUACAGGACUACCCACCGGAACCUGCAGAUCCUGACAUUUAUAUAAUCCACAGGGACACUCUGCGAGUUUUCACCAGGAGUUUCCGUGGUACAACUACAGAGGAAACUAUCAUGAAUCAGGCGAACCAAUUGUGGGAGCUGCUGGAAAACACAGAAGGUCUGCGGAGGGACGCCUACAUGGUGGCCGUCUACGAGAACCCCGGGGUGUCCUGCCGCAGGAAUGAGAUCUGGUUAAUUCGCCAGGAACAAUAGACACCGACACCUACACCAGCUAAAUCCCCCCACCCAUCAUGCACCAGAGCAUUGCAAAACACACAGCUUUAUGUCGAGCCAACAGAACACAAAAGAACACAACAAAAUGCCUGAAUUUCUUAUAUGUUUGUGUUUACUAGUGCUCAGAUUGUCAUUGUAUUUCUUGUGUUCUAUGUGUAAGAUA